AUGCCAAUCCUCCCUCGCUUCGCGCACCUCGACCCCAGCGCGCCUCUCCCAGAAGGCCAAGCUUGGGCGGUUAUGAUCAGACCCAUCGCCGCGACCGAGAACUCAGAAGCUGAAGUAGAGUUCUACAAACUUCCAGUAUCAUUAUCUCACCACGCCUGGACGACAAGCGAGAUUUCUAAGAGAGUCGGCUUCCCUCUUCAACUGGCGCAAUGGCAGCAUCGAGAAACGUCCCUUCCAAACCCGGCGAUCGCGAAAACUCUCUUCUUCGAAAUAACGCAGGAGGAAAGCUUUGGGAGCUGUGCCCCUGCCGCGAAGGAUUGGACGGGUGAUGUAGUCGCCAUCCGAGCUGAUGAGAAAGAGUUGCCGGAGGAGCAUGUCAAAGCGCUCCUCUCCUACAUCUCCAACAUCAUAUCCCCCCUCCUCGAACCCAUCCCGGAACUCCGCUCCCUCCUCGCCUACGAAGGCGACACAAAUGCCGAAACCCACGAAGCACUGGCAGACCGCGUCGAAGCCCUGACAGAAAAAGUCCUAAGAAAACUCUCCCCUCCAGUCUUUCAUGCCUAUUUCGAGCAAUAUCGAGCUUAUCACGCCGCGAACGAAGAGGGACCAAAGAGUGCUGACCUUACUGAAGAGACUUCUACCAACAAAGACGGCGAACCAGAGAGUUCUGACCUUACUGAAGCCGCGACCGAAGAGGAUCUCCGCUGGCUCGACCUCCCAUCCCCCGUCCAGAUUUCAGUAGGCGCAGAUCACAAGAUUCCAGUGCCGUGUAGUGUUUGUGAUGGGGUUGAGGGGAAGAUGAUGAGGUGUGGGAAGUGUAAGAGUAAGGAUGUAUGGUAUUGUGGGAAGGGGUGUCAGAGGGAGGAUUGGAAGGGGGGACAUAAGGAUGUUUGCGGGAGGGAGGAGGAGGAGGAGUAG